CCUCACGCUCAGCCAUGUCCACUUGCCUUCUUCACAGGACACAGAAUUGACGUCCAGUGGACAAUCCACGUGGCCAUGCUUGCUGCUUGACACUCCAUCACCAUGUCCUCCAAGCCGAAGUUGUUCCUGCACAACCACCCUGUCAGUUCUUACGCACAAAAAGUCCGCAUCGCUCUUCGCGAGAAAGGCAUCGACUUCGACUACACAACGCCGAAAGGUCUAGGUUCCGGCCACGGCGCGCCAACUCUUGAUCCGAUCAACCCACGCGUUGAGGUACCAGCGCUGGAGGAUGGCAACUUCAAAAUCUUCGACUCAACCGUCAUCCUUGCCUAUAUCGAGGACAAGUACCCAGAGAAACCUCUACUGCCAAAGAAUCCUCAAGCAAGGGCAACAGCUCGUAUGAUCGAGGACGUAUGCGACAAUGAGUACGAAGCCGUCAACUGGACCUACGCCGAGAUUGCCUGGGCGGAACGUGCAACCGGCGAGCACGCGCAGAGGCUGAUCGCCGGAGUCAAGCAGCAGACAGCGGAGAUCCAAGCUUGGCUGUCGGAGAAACUUGGUGAGCAGCAAUACUUCUGCGGGGACGAAUUCAGCUACGCAGAUGUUUGUGUCGCGCCGAUGCUCAACCGCAGUGUGAACUACGGUUUCGGGCCGGUAGAAGGAAGCCCUUUGCAGCUGUGGCACGCCAGGAUCAAGGAACGACCGAGUGUUAAGGCGACUUUUGAGGAGAUGGAAGAGGGCGCUAAGGUGAUGUCAAAGGGUAUGAAGGCCAUGUUCACCGAGGGACCGAACAAGCGGCAGUACCGGUCCCAUCGGCUCGAGAUGAUGGUGAAGUUGGGCGGCAUUGACGUGGUCAUUGAAGGGCUGAAGCGUGACAACAUUCGCUUUGGGUGGCCGUCUGCCGAUCUGUAGCCUCUGAAGAUGAUAAUGCCAAAGGAGGAGAACAGUGUAUUCUUUGAAACGACUGCUUUGAGUCACUACAGAGAAGUUGUCCUUCAACCUGUGCAAUGUCGGAGUACUUGAUCUAGCAGACAGUGCAGUUCACAUCAGU